AUGCUCGUGAUUCCUCUGGCUGUGUCAUCUGGGUUCUCUCGGAGCAUUCUGGAGCCCCGUGUUCAGUCGGGGGAUAAGGGCGAGAGGCUUNAUGCAGCGGCGGCGGCGGCGGAGGAGCUGGAGACGGAGGGCGAGAGGCAGCUGAAGCGGCUGCUGCGCCACCAGCUGGAGACGGCGGCGUCGCUGGAGCAGUGCGUGGCCAAGCGGCACCGCUUCACGCCGGCCACCGUCUACCGGCCCUUCGGGAAGGAGGCGGCCGGCGCCCGCAGCUUGCCGGAGUUCCGGGCGCUGCAGGAGAGCAGCGGGGAAGCGGCCUCCCUGCAGGAGCUGGGCCUUUCCGACGCCGAGAUCCGCCUCUGGAGGCAGCGGGACCAGAAGAGCCCUGGGCUUGGGGCAGCGCCGGAGGCCACUCAGGACAGGAUCCGAGCCAUCCAGGAAAAGAUGGCCGAGCGCCAGCGCAUCCUCUCCCUGCCGCAGCACUUUGCGGGCAGCAAGUCCCUCAGCAGGCGCGAGAUGGAGAUUGAGAAGGCUCUUUUCCAGGGAACGGACCGCCAUUCCUUUCUGCGGAUGUUGUAUCGCCAAGAUGAAGCUCGGCCGGAGGUUGCCCCUGAGACGGGCCCAACGGCUCCGCUGGACACGGUUUAUCGGGAGCUCCUGAGCGAACCGUUGUCAAGCCAGAGGCCACCGGAACCGUCCAGGUCUCCCCAGAAGGUGCCUGAUCCAUCUGGCUCUACCACCUUCAGUAGCCUUGGAGUGUCUCCCCCAGCCCCGGAGCCCGUGAUGGUGACAGAGCCCGUUGCCUGUGUGCCGGAAGAGGAGAUUCUCCAGAACCGCCUUUCCAAAGAAGAAAUCCGCCGGAUCCCCAGAUUUUCCUCUUAUAGCCCAGGGGAGCCAAGCCAG